AUGAAUAUCUAUCGGAUUUUUGUCAUUACUACAAUAUUCAUUGCUGCAUAUCUUACGGAAGACGUAGCCGUUACUAAUAGAGAAAAAGUACAUGCUUUUGAAUAUGCUGUAUUUCGAUUGGCGCCUGGGAACAUACAUGAAUGUAAGAAAUUUCGUCACGAUGUUAAACCAUUUGAUGAUGAGGAAGAUACAGUGGAAGAUUAUUUGACUAUUGAUUGUGAAAGAUAUAAAAAUGCUGCAGAAUGUUACAACUUAUUUUAUCCAAACUUGGAUGAUAACAAUCCAACUGACAAGGCAGCCAAGGACGAAUUCGAUAACAUUGGUAUUGAUUACAUUGAAAACGCAUGUGCUAAUUAUAAAUAA